CUUACAUUAUUAAGACGAACACACUUUUAAGGAGUAGAAGCACCUAUAUCUUACAAUUCUUUAAGUCCAGUCUUGAGCGACAUUUCAUUUUCUGCAACUAUAGUCUACUACAUAACAAUGCGAGUCUGCAGGGCUUGUCUGACAACCGAUUCAAAAUUGUAUAACAUGGACGAUUAUAACUUAAAAACGCCUUAUGAAGCACUAACAAAUAUUAAUUUGCCAGUAGAUGGCUCACCCCACUGGCUGUGCUGGGAGUGUGCCUUCAGGCUGCUGGCAUGUGCUCGCUUCCAGCAGAAGGCUCUGCACAGCCAAUCUCUGCUGGCUACCCUUCAUAACCAAUAUGAUUACAUGCAGCAACUGCAAACCAUAGACCGACAGAAAUACAACCUCACAUCCACCUUAGUGUGCAAACGUAUAAACCAGAAUGAUUUAAACUUACAUGAAUCGGAAGGAAUAUAUGAACUUGUGCAAGAACCCAUACAAGAAGUAAAUAUAAAUGAAGUUACAAGCGAUAAUGAGCUGCAUAGUGUACAAUUUGAUUUAGAUCCAGAAACAUCCAGCGAUCAAGUUCUAGCUAAACAGAAAAAGCAAAAAAAGAGUAAAAAGAAGAAAAAAGAACCUAAAAUAGACAGAAGAAGGAAACCAGCGAGUGAAGUGUUGAAUGAAGCCUUAUUUAGCAUUACUGACUUGACUUUUGAGGAGCAGAGAGAGGUGAUAAUGAGAAGGAAAGAGACAGCGAAUUAUAAGAAUUCUGUUUUUAAAUGUGAAGAUUGUUUUAAGGGGUUUUUGGAUGAGGACGCUUAUAAUAGUCAUAUUAUUCGGCAUACAGCUCAAAGCGGCACAUUCGUAUGCGAAGUGUGCAAAACGCACUUCAAAAUGCAACAUGCGCUGCGCAACCACGCCGCCUCGCAUGUACAACAGUUUAGCUGCAAGUGCUGCCCUUAUGUUACUACUAGGAGACACGCGGCUAAGCUACAUGAAGAAUGGCACAACGGAACCCGAUACCAGUGCCCGCACUGCCAAGAAGACUUCGUCAAAUUCUCAACGUACAUGGGGCACAUACGUAUCAAGCAUCCAUCGGACUGGGUGUGCGCGCUGUGUGGACACUCGUUCGUCAGUGAAAAAGGACUGCAGCUACACAAGAAACUAAAACAUCGCUUUAACCACCAGCCGGUGGAUGAGAACGGCCCGUACUGCCAGAGGUGCGACGUUCGUUUCGCCUCGCAGGCUGCCCUGGACCAACACAUUAAGCUAUCUCGUAGACACGACACGGACAGGCAAGAGAACGAUGGUCGCAAGCGCGGCCGGCGCAUUGCAGACGAGUGUGACAGAGACGGCAAGACUCGUCGGAGCAGGACGGACAAGCCCGAGGGUCCCAUUCCAUGCGAACAGUGUGACAUGCAACUUCCGGACUCUCUCGCAUACUACCGCCACUUCCGGCGGAGUCACCCGGACAAGAAUCGAACCAACUACCCCUCGAUGAAGACCAAGAGCAUGUGCGAAGUGUGCGGGAAGAUGUUCCAGAGUCUCGCCCUCCUACAAGACCACAGCUCCACCCACACAGACGGCAAACUCUUCAAAUGCCAGCAAUGCGAUAAAAGCUUCCAGCGACGAUACCGACUGAUCGCUCAUCGAAGAUUACACUCCACACGCCCGCAGCACGCUUGCACGGCUUGUGGCAAGCGGUUCUCUACCGCCAGCAACCGGACCAGACAUAUGGCGCACGCUUGCACGGCUUGUGGCAAGCGGUUCUCUACAGCCAGCAACCGGACCAGACAUAUGGCGGUAUGUUUUAGCUCGACUUGUAGGCGAGAGAUACCGACUGAUCGCUCAUCGAAGACUACACUAUACACGCCCGCAGCACGCUUGCACGGCUUGUGGCAAGCGGUUCUCUACAGCCAGCAACCGGACCAGACAUAUGGCGCUCGACUUGUAGGCGAGAGAUACCGACUGAUCGCUCAUCGAAGACUACACUAUACACGCCCGCAGCACGCUUGCACGGCUUGUGGCAAGCGGUUCUCUACAGCCAGCAACCGGACCAGACAUAUGGCGCACGCUUGCACGGCUUGUGGCAAGCGGUUCUCUACCGCCAGCAACCGGACCAGACAUAUGGCGGUAUGUUUUAGCUCGACUUGUAGGCGAGAGAUACCGACUGAUCGCUCAUCGAAGACUACACUAUACACGCCCGCAGCACGCUUGCACGGCUUGUGGCAAGCGGUUCUCUACCGCCAGCAACCGGACCAGACAUAUGGCGCUCGACUUGUAGGCGAGAGAUACCGACUGAUCGCUCAUCGAAGACUACACUAUACACGCCCGCAGCACGCUUGCACGGCUUGUGGCAAGCGGUUCUCUACAGCCAGCAACCGGACCAGACAUAUGGCGAGAGAGAGAUACCGACUGAUCGCUCACAGAAGAUUACACUCUACACGCCCGCAGCACGCUUGCACGGCUUGCGGCAAGCGGUUCUCUACAGCCAGCAACCGGACCAGACAUAUGGCGAGUCACACCGGCCUAAAACCAUACAAGUGCGAAAUGUGCGGGAAGUGCUUCAAGCACGCGAGCGAGAAGCGUGCACACAUCACGUACGUGCACCUCAAGAAACCGUGGCCCAAGCGUGCUCGGGGCAAGCGCCGGGAUUCCAGACAGACGCAGCAUGCCCCGCAACAGCAAGAGAUGGCGCUCGCGCAGCCGGUGUGGUGCGACAACAAAAUGGCCGCGGACAAGAUGUACAUGCUGUAAAGUUGGAUUAUGAUUUGUAAUAGAUGUCAUAUAUCAUUUAUAUGUCUGUAUCUUUAGGUA